CGCAAUUUCUCACUCCCCACUUUCUUCCGCUCUCUUCAGUCUCUGACAAUCUACAUGCGUUUGGCGUUCUGCAUUCUCGCCGGAAAUGACGAUCAAGGGCAAGGAAGUCGCCGGCAAAGAUUCAUCCGGAAAGAGGAAGCGAAUCGAUGGGAAUGACAAGUCUGGCGGUGGCCACAAGACGAGGAACCGGGGGGUUCUGCAGUUCUUCGAAGAUGCUGCUGAGGCUGGAGAUACCGACGACAGCUUCGACAGUGACUUUGAUGAUGAUUUUCUAGACGAGGAUUUUGAUACCGUGCAACCAACAAAGAAUGAACCUGCUAAGGCCCAUAGCCUUCCAGUUUUUCCCAAAGAGGAAGAGAUGGAUGAGGAAGAGUUUGAUAAAAUGAUGGAAGCACGUUAUGGCAAUAGCUCUACGUUCGCUACCUUCGCUGGAGAAGAGUAUGAUGAGAAAACAUUCGAGUUGAAUUCUUUAACAACCGCCAUUGAAUCAAUGCCCACUAUUUGGAAAGUCAAAUGCACAGUUGGGCGUGAAAGGCUUUUGGCUUUCUGUCUGAUGCAGAAGUUUGUUGAAUUGAAAUCCCUGGGUAAUAAACUGCAGAUAAUAUCUGCAUUUGCUGUUGACCAUAUGAAGGGAUAUAUCUACAUUGAAGCUGAAAAGCAAUAUGAUAUUUAUCAGGCAUGCAAUGGGAUCUCUGGUAUUUAUGUUACUCGAGUGCAUCCUCUUCCAAAGAAUGAAAUUCUUCAUCUGUUCUCAGUACGAAGUAGAUGCAAUGAAGUUUCUGUGGGUAUGUGGGCCCGAGUGAAAAAUGGUAAAUACAAGGGUGACCUAACACAGGUUGUGGCUGUGAACAAUACACGGAAAAAAGUGACAGUGAAGCUUAUUCCGAGAAUUGAUUUACAAGCGAUGGCUGCCAAAUUUGGUGGAGGACAUAGGCUUCAAAACAACGACACACCAGCUGCAAGAUUAAUCAGCUCCAGUGAACUUGAGGAAUUUCGACCUCUCAUGCAUUAUAGACGUGAUCGUGAGACUGGCAAGGUCUUUGAGGUUCUUGAUGGUCUAAUGCUCAAGGAUGGAUAUCUUUACAAGAAAGUAUCUAUGGAUUCAUUAAAUUUUUGGGGUGUUGUGCCGAAGGAUGAGGAGAUCUUAAAAUUUGUACCAUCUGAAAACACUGUAUCAAAUGAUAUGGAGUGGCUGACUCAGAUUUAUGGUGAGCCUAAGAAAAAGCGGAAUAUAAGAGGAGAUAAGGUAGGUGAGAAAGGAGAGGGCUCAUCUAGCUCUGGUGUAGUGAAAGGUUUUGAAAUGUAUGAUCUUGUAUGUUUUGGCAAGAAAGACUUUGGUGUUAUCAUAGGCAUGGAUAAAGAUGAUACCUACAAGAUACUGAAAGAGAGUCCUGAUGGACCUGUAGCUACAACUGUUGAACGCCGUAACAUAAAGAAUGGACUAGUUGAUGUAAAAUUUAGUGCCCAAGAUCAGCAGAAUAAGACCAUCACUGUUAAUGAUACUGUCAGGAUUAUUGGGGGCCCAUGUGAGGGUAAACAAGGAAUUGUUAGGUACAUCUAUAGAGGGGUUGUCUUUAUAUAUGAUGGUAAUGAGGAAGAGAAUGGUGGUUAUAUUACUGCCAAAUCUCAUAUGUGCGAGAAACUCAAGCAUAGUGCUGGUGAUUGUAGUGAAAAGGGCAAUGAACCAGAUUCUUCAGCCUUCGAAGAUUUGCCAACAUCUCCUAAAUCCCCUUUGUCACCUGAAAGGCCGUGGCAAGCAAGGGAAAAUAACCGUGAGUUCAGCAAUGGAAACAAUGAUGGAUUAUAUACUAUUGGUCAAACCUUGAGAAUUAGAGUGGGCCCUUUGAAGGGAUAUCUCUGUCGGGUCAUAGCUAUACGUCGCUCUGAUGUUACUGUGAAACUUGAUUCUCAGCAAAAGGUUCUUACAGUUAAAUGUGAGCAUCUUUCCGAGGUACAAGGGAAGAAAACUUCUAUGUCAUCAAGCGUUGACCCAGAUUCAAGCAAACCGUUUGGUCUACUGGGUACUGGGGAAAGUUCAGGAGGUUGGAUGGAUGGAAUUGGAGCAUCAGCUGGGGGUGACGGAUGGAAUACUGGAGGAGUACAAUCUGAAAGGAGUGGCUGGUCUAACCCUUCUACGUCAAACCUCCCGCAGUCUGAAUCUCUUUCAAAUCCUAUGAAUUCUGAGGGUGAUGCUUCUGGUGAAGGUGUAGAACAUAAUGCUUGGGGAGUCAGGAAUACUUCAGUUAAGAAAUCAUCCUGGGGUGCAGCAGCUGACAAUGCCAGAACUGCUUCUGACCCAGAUCAAUCUGGUGGAUGGAAUACUUCCAAAGCUUCAGGAGGGGAGCCCUCUAGUUGGGGUCGGAAAUGUGAUGAGGAUAUUAGAGACCAAAGUUGUCAAUCUUCAGGCUGGGGUCAAGGUAGUGGUCAAAAAAGCGGAUUGGCUGAUGGAGGAAACUCAAACUCUAGUUGGGGUGCUUGGAAGUCUGGAAGUAGUGAAGCCAAAGAAGUCGGAAACCCUUCUGUUAAUCAGGAUGCUGGUUGGAAAACUAAAUCUAACCAUGAAGAUAACUCUGGAGGACAUUCAGAUUCUGUCUGGGGCUCUCAGAAACCCAGUUCAAGUGAUGUGGAUGGAGAGCAACCCUCUGGAAGGAACCUUAAAAGCAGCUGGAAUGCUUCUAAGGCUUCAGGAGGAGAGCCCUCUGUUUGGGGUCAGAAAUCUGAUGAGAAUAUUGGUGAGCAACGUGGUCAAUCUUCUUGGAAUAGGGAGACAAUAUCAAGUAAAAGGCCAGCAGCAGGAUGGGGUCAAGGUGGUGGUCAAAAAAGCGGAUUGGCUGAUGGAGGAAACUCAAACACUAAUUGGGGUGCUUGGAAGUCUGGAAGUAGUGAAGCCAAAGAAGUCGGAAACCCUUCUGUUAAUCAGGAUGCUGGUAGGAAAACUAAGUCUAACCAUGAAGAUAACUCUGGAGGAAAUUCAGAUUCUGUGUGGGGCUCUCUGAAACCGAGUUCAAGUGAUGUGGAUGGGGACCAACCCUCUGGACGGAACCUUAAAAGCAACUGGAAUGCUUCUAAGGCUUCAGGAGGAGAGCCCUCUGUUUGGGGUCAGAAAUCUGAUGAGAAUAUUGGUGAGCAACGUGGUCAGUCUUCUUGGAAUAGGGAAAAAACAUCAAGUAAAAGUCCAGCAGCAGGAUGGGGUCAAGGUAGUGGUCAAAAAAGUUCAAGUGAUGUUUCGGCUGGAUGGGGUAAUAGUCCUGGCUGGAAAAGUGGAUCAAGUUCUGGCAACAAACAAAGUUCUGACUGGAACACCUCUGAAGUUGGUGCAACUGAUGUGGCUGAAAACCAGAGUUCUGAUUUGGACAAAUCAAGCAAUUGGAACACCAAAUUGACUAAUGCUGGAGGUAGCAAAGAUUUGAAGUGGGGUGGCAAAAGAAGUGAUACUAAGGAGGGUCUGGCUAAUGAUCAAAGUGGUUGGAACAGAAGAGAAACUGCUGAAAUUGGAAAGAAACCUAGCUGGGGUCAAGGAAGUGGUUCAAUCUGGAAUUCUGGUCGUGCUGAUGCUGGAAAUCAGGAUUCCAACUGGGGAAGGAAAAGCAACUGGAAUUCUGGAUCUGGCAAUCAAGACACCAACUGGAGAAGGAACAGUAGUUGGAACUCUGGAAAUGACUUGAAUGGAAACGAGUUUAAUGGUGGUAAUGAGGCUUCUGGUGAUGAUGGGUACCAGGGGAAUUGGAAUGGUGGUAAUGGGGGCAGGGGUGGCUCAGACAGAGGUGGAUUUGGGGGCAGGGGUGGCUCAGACAGAGGUGGAUUUAGGGGGAGGGGAGGUUUUCGGGGUAGAGGAGAACGGGGGAGCUUCGGUGGUCGGGGAGGUGAUCGAGGGGGUUUUGGUGGUGGCAGGGGAGGUGAACGUGGGGGAUUUCGUGGCAGGGGCAGAUCAAACAGGGAAGACUUUGGCGGUAGAUGGGGAUCAGAAAGCGGAUUUGGAGGCCGAGGCUGUGGAAGGAGGGAGCAACCUGGGGGUUGGAGUAGUAAAAAGGAUUUUGGUGAUGAUUCCUCUGACUGGAAGAAGGAGACAGAUAAUGAUAAUGAGGGGUGGAAGAAUAGCAGUGAGUCUGGAGCGGCUUGGAACCAAGGGAAUGCUGACAGGAAGGAGCACUCGAACUGGAAUCAAGGAGGUGGAAGCAAAAAACAAUGGCAGAGUUGGGGUUCAGCAGGAGAAUCCAGUGGUGCUUGGAACAGCAAGAGCUCAGACCAGCCGACAGAUGCUAAAGAAAAUUCUGGCUGGAACAAAGCAACCGAGUCUACUCAUCCAAAUGUGAUGGACGAGGGAAACUGUUGGGCCAAGCCUGAGUUGAAUCAGAAGGAAGAUACUUGGGGUCAAUCAAGUGCUACUGAUAAGGGUCAAUCAUCGAGUUGGAAUGCAUCAAGUGGAGGAGCAGGUUCUUGGGGUAAGAAAAAUGACGGGACCGGCACCAGUGGAUGGUGAAUGACAUCCGAACGUGCUAUCUAGCCCAAAGAAGGAAACUGACCUUGGUUGUUUCGUUUAGUUAAUAACUACUAACUCUUUUUUUGCAAUCUAAAGUCAGCAUAGAUCCCCAGUUCUGUUUGUCAAAACUUGAUGAUGUAUAGUGUUUCGCCCCCUUUUGUGCUUUGCAAUUGGAGCGGAUGGAUGAUCAAAUCCAAACUGCCGCUUCAAUUUAUGUUGGAGAUAUUAUUUCCAUGGAAUUAGGUGCAUACAAGUAGUAGCUUGCUUUUCACUGGUUAAUGUUAGUAUGUAACUCAUAUGUGCUGAUGUUCUGCAGCCGAAUUGCCAUCUUGUUUAUAGAAUUUGAUUUCUUGAUGCGUGCUUAGUAUCCUAAUU